AUGUCUAUGGGCGGUGGCAGUUCGUCAGCUUGCAAGAUCUCAAUGCUCUGGAAUUGGUACACGAUAGAUGCAUGUUUUCUCGCAUCUUCCUGGCACAUCAAGACCCAUGGAAUGUUCGCUGCCUCGUGUAUCGGAGUAGCACUCCUAGUGGUGUGUCUCGAAUUUCUACGACGCCUCGGCAAAGAAUAUGAUACCUACCUUCUGCGCCAGUUCCAUCGAAGAGCCGCAAGCCUCCAAUAUCAACCUAAAGUGUCAUUUGCGGCUCCAAAGUUCGAUGAUCAGCGUAUGCCUGGUGGCUGUGGUCCAGACGCUUCCUGCGCUCCUCCUCUUCCCGAGCAGAGGUUCAUCACUUUUCGUGCUACUCCUGCCCAGCAGAUUGCAAGAGGUAUCAUUCAUGCUGCGACUUUUGGCGUGGGAUACAUCAUCAUGUUGUUGGCCAUGUACUUCAAUGGCUACAUCAUCAUCUCGAUUAUCCUGGGUGCGUUCUUGGGCAAAGUCGUAUGUGAUUGGAUGGUUGUGAGACUACCGUUGGUCAGAGGAGAGCAGGCUUAUGACGAGUCCCAAGACGAGGCACCUGUAAGCUCGGAACCCACUGUGUGUUGUGGUUAG